AUGAAGUUGAGAUUCAUACCGCAAGAAGAGCAGCCCAAGUACCAGAACAGGAUGCAGGCGGCGGCGUCGGCCUCCAAAAGCGCCGUCGUCGGGAUCAAGCCGAGAGAUGCGCUAGCGGGACCACGCAAAGCCGUCGCAGGUCGGGACAGAUCUUUAUAGUUUGAAACGAAAAAGUGUUCAGAAUUCUCGUUCAGAACAGUUUAUCAAGGUCAAAGAUUUUCGAAAAGUUGGCUCGAAGCUAUUGCAGUGUUUUCAAAUAAGAUCAUCAAAUCUUUAUUCGAUGAGCUUCGAGGCUUUGGAAAGCGUUGAGCCUUUCGAGCUUUUGAGAAAAGAGAAAACAAUCAUCAAACGAACGAAUUUCUUUUCAACUCGUUUAGAUAUAUUCUUUUUCCUCCUAUCAAUUUUCCAAAUUCAUUACCUUUUCUUGAGUGAAGGUCGUCCCAGUAGAUAUUUUGAACAGUUAAAACAAUUUGAGCGAUAUCUAAACAAUAUAUUAAUUUUCUGUUCUUAAUCUCAUUUUUUUUUCAGCCGUUGAGAAGGCCAACGUGUGUAUAACAGCGAAAGAUCACCUUCAAAAGAAGUUCGAUCAGGUCAAGGCGAAGGUCGACGACAUCGAAUCUAUGGAGGUCGAUUCUUCUUCUUGUGAAGCAAGAGAGCUUUUUUCAGAAAAAAGUGGAAAGCGGUGAACUGCAGCCGAUGCCAAACCAAGUCAAGAAAAUGGCCCGAAAACAGGAAUACCUUGACAGUUUAGAGAAAUUAACCGUCGAAAUGGAAAAAUUAUGACUUUUGAUUGAUUCUUGUUAAAUUGUUUUUUGAAUAUCUAAUGGUUCUCAAUUAACACCUUCCUGUAACAUAAAUUAAGCAAUUUAUACAUAUUACUACAAUAAAAAGCGUUUUUACCCGUCUGUGAUUUUUGGAGUACACAAAAAAUACUUUUUGAUUAAAUGUCAACGAGAGCCUGAAGCCUCGCCUUGUGGUGUUGUCGUGGGAAGCGGCGGUUGAGAUUCUGGAAUUUGUGACCAUUUCUACAAUACGUUUUAGUUUCUCAAAGUCUUAUGUUACCUGUGUAAGCUCGAUGUAAAGUUUCUGUGAUGAAGUUCAUGUCGCUUUCAAUUGCUUUCGACCAAUUUUCCACGUCGCCAAUUUCCUGAAAUCGUUACUGUCAAGUGCAAUUGAUUGUUUGAACAUAUUUGAUAAUUUAGUUUGAAAAAUUCAAAAACCUUCAGUGCAUGAUUCAAUCCUUCAGUAACAGAAAGCCAACUUUCUGUUUGCUUUGCCAGGGCUGCAGCGUUAUUCUCGAACCGCUUAGCUUCAACAUCUAGUCUUUUUUGAUUCCCGUACGCCUGAGAUACUCUUGAACAAUAACAGUAUUUUUCGAUAAUUUCAAAAAGUUCAACUUAGCGUUCAGGUGAUCAACUACAGCCGUUGACAAAGUUUGUGCCGCUACCACCGCUUCGUUUUUCAAUUUUUCUGAAGUCGAAACUAAAAAAUGUAUUUCUUUUUUUCAAACCUUGCAUUUCUUUUCGUAAAUGUUGUUUCUGAUUGUGUUCUUUAAGCAUUGCCGACAGCGGUUGAGCCAUGGUUCAGAGCUGCAAAUCGUCAUUCGUAAAAUAUAUGUGAAUUCUUAAUAAGGCUGCAAAAGUCGACCCAAACAUAUUGAAAGAGUAAUAUGAAUAAAAGUUUAGAACAACCGAAAAAUUGACUUGGUACAUUUGAUAUGCCUCUCUUGUACCUGAUGUUCUACGAGCAAAAUUCACAACUUCCCUGCCUAAGCCAGAGCUCCUGCCGCCGUUUAAACAAAGUUAAAUCAAUGAAAGUCGAUUGUACAUGUAUUCUUACAUUGAAGAUUCGAAAAACAAACAAAAAAGACACAUUUGAUAUGCGUCAAAGCCUCAAUGAUUGGCGCAAAAGACGCUCUUUGAGUCUACUCUUCUGACGCAUAUCGGGUGCUUUCCUUUCCGGCGAUUGUCUCGUCAACUUUUCUGCGCCCUCUUCUGAAUCAAACGCAGAAGCCUCGGCGCUCGCGUCUUUUCAAAACCAAUGCUACCCUCCCCGCAAGGAAUAGACGACUCGCCAAUUCUCAUAGAUUUUUCUCAUCUUUGGUCUGCCUUUAUUUCCGCUUCCUUUACACGUUGACUUUUAAAAUUACUCAUUUUUACUUUUUUCUUGGUGUAGUUUAUCAUUUAAACUGUUAUAAAAUUACUUUCGUCUAAUUUAUUCGCGAUGAUGAUUUCAAACGUUUUUGGCAAGUUUUAAGUUUAUUUUGGUAUUUGGCUAGCGUUUUUGACACGCUUCUUCCUCAUUUUAAUUGAGUCGAUUUUCCUGAACAUUAUGUUUCACACCUUCUUAAAGAUUUAUUCUAUUGAUUUCAGAGCGCUCCGUCUCGUGUAAUAUAACACCUCGGGCCAUGACGGACUCAAAAUAUUUCACCACCACAAAGAAAGGUAUUGAUGAACUCUAAUUGGUUUUUAGAAAUGUGUGAAAUCUUUAGGUGAAAUAUUUGAGUUGAAAAAUGAACUCAACUCGGAUAAAAAAGAGAAAAAACGGGAGGCUGUUAAGAAAGUCAUCGCGAGUAUGACCGUUGGCAAGGAUGUCAGGUAGAAAAUGUAAUUGAUAUAUAAAAUUAUACAAUUUUUCAUUUUCAGUGCUUUGUUUCCUGAUGUCGUCAAUUGCAUGCAAACAGAUAAUGUCGAACUGAAAAAGCUCGUUUAUUUGUACCUCAUGAACUAUGCAAAAAGCCAGCCGGACCUUGCAAUUAUGGCCGUCAACACUUUCGUCAAGGUUUUUUCUUCCAGUAUCAAUUUUUUGGUUCGAAGUUGGUUUUUCAGGAUUGCGAAGACCCAAAUCCGCUAAUUCGGGCCUUGGCGGUUAGAACGAUGGGUUGUAUCCGAGUUGAAAAAAUUACUGAAUAUCUCUGUGAGCCGCUCAGGAAAUGUAUGAAGGUUCGUUUUUUUUUAACGUUAAUUUUUCAAGAUUUUGUUUGGUUUAUUGAAGGUUUCAAGUUAAAUGUCUUUCACUAUGUAGAUUUUCAAGCUGAAAAACUUUCGAGAUAUUUUUUUUUCUUAUUAGUCUGAAGACAAUCAAAAUCAAGUUUUUUUUUCUUAUUUUUUUUUAGACCUGAGAAAUAAGAAGGAUACAGUAGAAGAGCAUAAAUAAAGCCAUUAAAAAUUUUUUAAGGCGCCUCUUGGUAAGCUCAUUGCUAAAAGAGCUAGAAUAGAAAAACUAAUCAAAUUUCUUCUUAGGACGAAGAUCCGUAUGUGAGAAAAACUGCCGCCGUUUGCGUGGCCAAACUGCACGACAUGAACCCGACGCUUGUUGAGGAACAAGGUUGAAUCUUUGAAUGUUCAUUUCAGCCUCAAGUACACGCGACAGUUUUUCCUAUUUUCUGAAAAUUCAUCUUCUUUCAUAGUGUUUCCUAAAUUUAUUUUUUUUUUCCAAGCAAAUUUCUUAUUUGCAGGCUUUGUGGAACUCUUGAACGAUUUAUUGUCCGACGCGAAUCCAAUGGUUGUGGCAAAUGCCGUCGCCGCCCUCACGGAAAUUAACGAAUCAAGGCCGCUUAUCGAGGUUUUUUUUUUUGAAAUAAAUCCUGUUCCUUUCAAAACUAAUCGUUUACGUUCGAAAGUUUAUCAAAAAAAUUUCAUCUAACCUGUUAAUUUUUUUUUUUGACGUUUACAAUAUAAUAACUGCUGCUAUUCUCUCAAAACUUUUUUUCGUUUUUUUUCGUGGUUUUUUUUGGAUCUCACGAAAUCAUUAAACUUCAUUUCAUUUCGAAUGUUUAUUCGCCAUUCCUAAAUCUCCACGACAAAUUCAAAACAUCAAAACAAUCAAAUAAAUCUAACAGCUGAUCUGUAGAAACGGCUUGAGGAAAAGAAAGGAUAGUUUUGAAAACAGAAAAGUUGAAUAACUUUGUGAGAAUUCUAUUCUACACAUCAUGAAUAAAACAAAAAAAUUUUCCACUCAGUUCUUUUUCGUUAUAACUAUGUGAUGGUUUUAUUCAAAGUGUUCGAAAAAAGUGUGUUUUGAAAAGGCUACAGAGUUAGCUUAUUCUGAAAACUUUGAAGAAAAAUUCGAAUUGCCGUCUGAAUCAUGUAAGUUCGCUGUCAUUUGUGAAGUAAGGAAAAAGUUCUAAAAAAGGGGAUAGCAGUUUUCGAGAUUUCACUUUUUUCUGUUCAAACUUUCGUUUUAUUCAAAUUAAUCCCGUUCUAUUUCGCUUUGCUGAGUUUCUGUCCCUAAGUUGAUAAUUUAGGUGAACAGCCAAAUGGUGAACAAGCUGUUGACGGCGUUGAACGAAUGCACAGAGUGGGGUCAAGUUUUCAUCUUGGACGCCUUGGCCGGCUACAAACCGCGCGACGAACGCGAGGCCCAGAAUAUUUGCGAAAGAAUUUCGCCGCGAUUGGCCCACGCCAACGCCGCCGUCGUUCUUUCUACGGUUAAGGUGUGAAUUCCUUUCCCCCCACAACUUUUUGAAAAGCGCAAAAGAAAAAAAACUUUUUCGCCUAGAAACAUAUCAUAAGCAUUUCACACAGUUUCGAGAAUGUACAAGCCUCGAAAAACUGAAACUUUUUGUACCAAUAAAAUAUUCGAACUGAAAAAUUUGAAGAAUAUCACUAACUGGUAAUGAUUUUUCAAGGUGCUAAUGAAGCUUGUCGAAAUGCUUCCGAACGACUCGGAUUUCAUCACACAACUCACCAAAAAGUUGGCUCCUCCCAUGGUUCGUUUUUGGUGCACAUUCGAAAACAUUUUCAGUUUUCUCAGGUGACGCUUCUUUCUGCUGAGCCCGAAAUCCAGUACGUCGCGUUGAGAAAUAUCAACUUGAUUGUUCAGAAACGCCCAGACAUUCUCAAACAAGAGAUGAAGGUUCAAAAACAUAUAUAUUCAUGGUAAAUGCGAAAGUUUUCAGGUCUUCUUCGUCAAAUACAACGACCCGAUAUAUGUUAAAAUGGAAAAAUUGGAUAUUAUGAUCCGGUUGGCCCAACAGAACAAUAUUGCUCAGGUUUUGAGCGAAUUGAAAGAGUGAGUGGAAAAUUUAAUUUAAGAAUGAGUAUUCUCGACUUUUGUUGAUUUAUCAUGUAACUUCUGGUUUUUGUUUUAUUUUCCAAAGUGUUCUCAAACUUCAAAGUAAUUUUAUAUCUGCAAACUUUUCUCAGAAAAGUUGAAUUUUUUCGACUCACUAGGGAACUACUCAGACUCGGGUACGCGUUUCGAGUUGAAACUUUGAUGGCUUAUAGACCCGGGUAAUAGUACUUGAAAACAAGAGAGAUUAUCUGCUAAACCCCAUAGGCUUUUGAGAAAAAGCUUUUUGAAAAUGAACAAUUUAGGCUUGAAAAUUAUCAAAUAUUUGCUUUCCUCCUUUUGGCUGGAAAAAAGUUUUUUAGACUUUAUCAUAGCCGAAUCACUCAAGGCGAUUGUGUUAAAAUACAAAAUAAGGUAAAAAGCAGUAUUCUGAAAAUUUUCAAGCCUAAUUUUCACAUUUUCUACUAAUUUUUUCUCGGCUCUCUAUUGGGUUUAGCAGAUAUUCUUACUAGUUUUCAAGUAUUCUUACUUAGGUCUAUAAACCACUAAAGUUUGAACUCGAAACGCGUACCCGAGUCCGAGUAGUUCUCUAGUCAGAGGUAUCUAGACUGGGGCUUUCCAUGUUCUACUGCGUACUCAUCACUUUAUUAAAUCAGAACAAAACCGAAAAACCUCAAAAUGAAUCGAUUUUCUAGUGUCCGUGUGACAAUUUCUCACCUCGGCUAUGUUUUGAGGUACGCGACGGAGGUCGACGUGGACUUUGUUAGGAAGUCGGUUCGGGCCAUCGGUCGGUGCGCCAUCAAGGUCGAGCAGAGCAGCGAACGGUGUGUCGCCACGCUGCUCGAGCUCAUCCAGACCAAGGUCAACUACGUCGUCCAGGAGGCCGUCGUCGUCAUCAAGGCUCGUCGCUUUCUUCGUUCCCCUUAUCUCUCCUCUCUUACAGGACAUCUUCCGCAAGUACCCCAACCGCUACGAGAGCAUCAUUUCUGCCUUGUGCGAGGUUUUUUUUAAAUUUAGAAUUAAUUUUAUUGAUAAGAAAAGAAGAAAUAAAUUUUCAACAUAAAAAAGCGAUUGCUAAAAUAGCGAUUGAAAUGAAAUAUAAUUGUGAAAUAUAUAUUCUAUUUUUUUUUCUCCAAGUAAACAGGAAACCAAAUAUAGAAAUUUUCUCAUGAAAACAAAACUUCUUCCGCUCAAAAAAAUAUCAGGUGCUCGCGAAUGAUCCUUUUUUUAUAUUAGUAUCAUAUCGAAAAAUAUGAAAUGAGACAAAAAAUGAAAUCAAAAGGAAAAAAUAAAGAAAUCAAAUUUUUCAGAACUUGGACACUUUGGACGAGCCCGAAGCUCGGGCUUCGAUGAUUUGGAUCAUCGGAGAGUACGCCGAACGGAUUGACAACGCAGACGAAUUGUUGGAGAGCUUCGUUGAAGGAUUCCACGACGAAAAUACCCAGGUAUCUUUUCGGCUGAAAUCCUUGUCUUUUUUUUGUUUCAUUUUUUCACAUCGUAUAUUUUGCUUCUAUUUUAAAUUCUUAGUUUUCAAAUUAAUCUUACCUAUUCUGUUGUUUAUCUUCAGUUUUAGGUUGAAUUGUUUUUUUGUUAUUUAUUAAAUUAUCUAUUUUCUCAUUUAGGCCUUUGGUUGGACAAUUCGAUCGAGAAAAAGAGUUUCCCAUGUUUAAGGUGCAACUACAACUUCUGACGGCCGUCGUCAAGUUGUUCCUGAAGAGACCGACAGACACACAGCAACUGGUCCAACGAGUACUUUCUCUCGCCACGCAGGACAGCGACAAUCCGGAUCUCCGAGACCGAGGGCAAGCUUUUGAAAUGCGCACAGAAUUUCCUUUUCUGCGCAAUUGGCCCGCAGGGAAAAGUUCAACUUUUUUUGUUGCAAGACCACUUGUAACGAGCAUUGAGGAAUCGAGCAAGUGUGAUUAUUUUCCAUGCAUCAAAUUCAUAUGGACAAGGGAAUGCUUUUUUUCAGGUACAUAUACUGGCGACUUUUGUCCGCUGACCCUGCCGCCGCCAAACAGGUCGUCCUUGCCGAGAAGCCCCUAAUUUCGGAGGAAACUGAUCUUCUCGAGGUGUUUUUCGUCGUUUUCCCAGUGAACCAACUGAUUUUCAGCCGUCGCUGCUCGAUCAACUCGUCUGUCACAUUGGAAGUCUGGCCUCCGUCUAUCACAAGCCUCCGUCAGCCUUCAUCGACGCUGCUCGAGCUCCUCUCCGGACCGGAGUUGCUCCAGGAACUAAGUCUGUUUUGUCUUGCCUCACAAAUGUAGUUUUGGACUUGUUCAGCGGAGUUUCUCAAGUGGAAAACCAAGCGACGGCGGCGACCAACGGCCGCAGUGCUGCUCAGUCGACCGUAAUCCCGUCGCAGGACCAAAUGAUCGCUGAGCUGCUUUCUCUGGAUUUAAACGCUCCUGCUGUCGGAGCCCCGUCCGUAGCACCUAGUCAGUUUGAUGAACGAAAGUUAUCAUUAUUCAUCAUUUUAUAAAAUCGGCUGUCUCGUGCUUAAGGGCCACAGACUCUAACGAAUCCAUAACUUUUUUUUACGAAUAAUUUCCUUACUCAGCAUAUAACUCGGCGGUGCCUGGUCUGGACGAUCUGCUCGGCCUCGGCGACACCUCGACGACUACCGCCGCAGCUUCUCAGCCUUCUUUCGACCCACUGGCCAGCCUCGGUCUCGGAGCUCCUGCUGCUGCUCCUCCUGCAGCUGUCGGUCCGUUUUUUUUUUCGAGUUUUUUAUGGCCACGUUUAACUAGUACUACACUUCAAUGGUGUAUUAAAACUCGAUAUCUUCUCUUUUACAUUUGAUUACACAUCUCUUUAUUUUUAGGUGGUUUGGCCGAUAUUUUCGGCAGUUCUGGCCUUGGAUCAGUGGUCGGAUCGUCUGGGUAUGUGCCACCGAAGCAAAUUUGGCUGGAUGCUUCCAGAGCCAAGGUUCAAAAAAAUAAGUUCGGGGCACAAUAGCCUUUUACAGGGAAUGCAAGUGGAAGGAACGUUUUCCCGCCGUGCAAACAAGAUUUAUAUGGAUUUGACGAUAACAAACAAGGUGGGAAAAUGUUUAAUGGCUUUUUUCCUCACAAAGAUUCUAAACUUUGAUGAGAAAAAAAAGUAAAGGAUUCUUCUCAGCCUUUUUUUUGACUCACAUCAAGCUGAGAAGUAUUUUUUGAGUUUUAUUUCUCAAUAAGUAGAUGAUUUGAGGCGAUGCAAGCGAUGUCCGGAUUUGCGGUGCAGUUCAACAAGAACUCAUUUGGACUCGUGCCAGCCGAGCCGAUCAACGCCCCCACGCCUUUAUUGCCAGGCCAAACCGCCAAUGUCCGUCUUUCCCAAAUGCUUUUUUUUCUUCAUUUUGGAAAAUUCUUCAAUAAUUUGUUUUUCCAGUACUCUUUGGCUUGCGACGCUACGGGACCUGUGCAGAAAAUGGAGCCACUCACCAACUUGCAGGUACUACUUCGUUUUUGUUAUUUCAGCUGUAUGAUUAGCCUAUCAGGAAAAAUUAUUAAAAGUUUCUUCCGUGAUUGUUAUGGUCUAUUCAGAAAUUAUUGAAAACAAGUUCAUCUAG